GCCCCCUUCUGCCACCGUCAGAUAACUGUGUCCAAGUUCGACAACUUGUGUAUCGCGCUGACUGCCACCGUGAUAGUUAUAGGAAAGCACACAAAUACAUAACUGUAUACAGGCCAAUAGAGGAGGGGAAUAAGGACUACCAGCAAAAAGGGCUCGGCCAACUUUUAGGAAUCUCGAUCUAAGCCAUCAAAGAACCAACAACUGUCGCCAGUGACUAAGGAACUAUCUGACUAUGAAUGUGCGCGAGAAAAAUGUGUUUCACUCAAUGUUUCUAGUUGUGUGCGUGUUGACAGCACUCUGCUCACAAGACAAUGUGUUUGUACUAUCACAACAUGUGGAGGAAAGUUUGCCCCACAAUUCCAGGGAUCUUAUUAUGCGAGAAGAUGGCCAGGAGAUGUUUUACAAUGUCGAUAUUGAUAAAUACCAAGCGCUCGGAAUAAAAUGUCCUCAGCCGGAACCUCCCGAGAAUGGUUUUAUUGUCGGAACGGGAACACGAGUUGGUUCGGUAGUCUACGUACGCUGCAAGGAAGGCUUCAGGCUGGAAGGACCAACAGUUAUGGCUUGUGUGCCAACACCAAAAUCAGCCCACUGGGACCCUAGAAUAAGGAGAGAGUGUGUUGAAGGUGGAACUUAUUUUAACGAAGAGACCAACAUGAAUGAAGAUAAAACAAUGGAUCGAGGAACAUUACUUAAACACCCAGACAACAGGCCAAUGGAAAACAGUAAUCCCAGUUUUAUUGGUCCCAAAGCCCAUGCUUACUGGACACGUCACCAAAGCAAAGUGGAACAUGAGUCUGAAGAAGAAGAGAACCAAGGACAAGAAGAAGACUAUGACCAGAUAGCUGACCAAUGUCUUCACCUGCCAGACCCUGGACCAUGUCGAGCCUCCUUCAAGCGCUUCUACUUCAAUAAGGCCACAUUUGAAUGUUACCCUUUUAUCUAUGGUGGCUGCCUUGGAAACCAUAACAAUUUUGAAUCUAUAGAGGAUUGUCACCUGACUUGUUUAAAACAUGACUAAAAAGUCAACCAUAUGGCUGCCAUUAAACACAAGAGCUGUUACAUCUUUCCAUUGAUACAGUUUAAAAUUAGUUCUUUAAAUCUUUUUUUUUUAGUUAAUUUAAUCACUAAAUGUAUGAAGUGAAAGUGUCUUACAUCAAUAUUUUCAAAUCAUGUUCUGAUAUGAAUGCAGCAUCUCUUAUCCAUAGGAGUGUAUCUAACGAGACAUGUAUAUUGCUAUAUAAAUAUAUUGUAAUUUGAGUGCUUCAAAAUAUGGAAUGCUGGUCAGUAGAACAUCAGUAUAACCCGUAUAUUUUAAAAUUUAUUUCUAUGAAGUAGUGCAGUUUUAUUAUUAAAUUACAUUGCACAUAAUUUUUCUGUUAUCUGUACCGGUACCUUUAUUUUUUUUCAUUACAUGUGGUGUACAAGCGAAUGUAUGUAUGUGUUUUUUUUUUUUUUUUUGGUUGUUACUUUCUCUAUUGUUAUUAUUACUUUCUCCAUUGUUAUUAUUAUUUCCUUAUUGUUAUUUUUCCUUUCUUUAUUGUUAUUAUUCCUUUCUUUAUUGUUAUUAUUUCUUUCUCUAUUGUUAUUAAUAGAUCAGAUGUGCAUGAUUGUGUUGUUACAUUUUUUUUUUUGGUUUACAUUAGUUUUUUUAUGACACUAUUGUAAAGUGAGCUAAAUGUUAUUGCCACUUUUCCCCUGCCAUUUAGCCAUUCUAGUCCUCGCACUCCUGUUGCUUGGAAUGAUUAAAAUGUGUCAAGUUAAUUCCUGGCUAUAAACUAGACAAUUUUUACUUGCCUGUGUGAACAAUAAGAAAAGUUACAUAAUGGAAUGAGAUCUAGAUUGUCUGAGCAUCAUCAAAAAAAAGCGUUAGUAUUAUUAAAAGUGUUUCUAGAUGACAGAAAUUUCUUAGAAUGUGACUAGAAUUAAUUUUUUUUUGGUGUUGUGAGUUUUAACUAAUGUUAUGUAGAUCUCUCCAUGUAUUCUGUCAAGUGAUUUGCAGAAAUGAUUUUCAAAAAAUACAUUGUUUCAAACUUGUUUAUCUCAUUAGGAUCAGUUUGUUAAACACCCAGAAAAUCAAUUUAAUCAUAAGUUUAAGUCAGUAAUAUCUAUUAAGAAGUUCCCCUUUCUGACCAUGUGGUCUGUAGGGCAGCUGAUGGAAAGGUAAUGCGUUUCUGUGGCCCACAGUUAAAGAGGGUGUUGUGUGGCCUGCGCAACAACCAACCGCUUUUACUUUUCCCCAACUAUUGCCAGGUACCCAUUAGAGCUGGGUGGACUUAAAAAUCCCAGUCUUGAACAGGAUUCAAACACAGGACCUCUGGUUAGGAACCCAAGCACUUUACCACACAACCAUCGCUCAUACAUAAAGCCUUGCUGAACUAGAGAACAUUUGUGACUAAUUCAUGUCAUCCAUUUCAAACUUAUAUCCAACAUUUUCUUAAAAAAAGAACAAUUAUGAAGAAAUAUAUAAAUUGAUUUUAUGGAAUUCUCAAGCUGUCAAUAUAGAAAAUAUGCUAAAACAUCAUGGUGUAAAAACAUUAGACCUAUUUGAUGUUGUCCAAACUUAACCAAAUAAACAUUUAAUAUUCUGUAUUUUUUUUUUAAAUCUUUAGCUUAAAUCAUAUUUCAAUGACAACUAAAUAAGACUUAAAAACUAGUCAGAAACAACAAUCAUGUGCUUUUGUUAAACACCCAAAAAUCAAUUUAAUCAUAAGUUUAAAUCAGUAAUUUCUAUUAAGUAGUUCCCCUUUCUGACCAUGUGGUCUGUUUGGCAGAUGAUGUAAAGCAAUGCGUUUCUGUGGCCCACAGUUAACGAGGGGGAUGUGUGGCCAGCACCACAACCAAUUGCCAAAACAGUGUUUUAGGUCUAAAUUUGCUAUUUUUUCACUCACGAGUUAAGAGCAAUUUUGUGUUAAAUUUCUCUAUCAAAAUCUGUCAACUAAGACAUUAAUUUUACUACCGAAAUCCAAACUGUCGAACAAGAUAAAAGCCUGUAUGACUAGAUCUUUGUCACCACACACUAACAAUCAGUAGUCCCAUCCUUCUGUUUAUAAUGUCUACCUGUAGAUUAUACAAUGAUGUUCUGCUAUAUGACCCUUGAAUUGUGAUUUGACAUUAAUUUAUCAGUAUUAUAUUUUUAAUUUAUUGGAUGUUUUGUUUGUAUGCAUAUCAUACUAAGUGUAUAUACCAUCGUUUGAACAUGUAAGUUGUUGAACAGUAUAACCAAUACUGAUGGAGUACUGUAGGCUACUGGUCAUUCUUAAACAGAACUAAAUUGUCAAAAUAUGUAUAGCAGUAUGUCAUUAAAAUGUGGAGUUGGAACAAUA